ACAAAUUUCUUGAAUAUCGUGUUGCUUAUCCUUGAGGAUUGUUCAUAUUUCGCGGUUUGCUGAUUUCUCAACUAUUUGCAACUCCAUGGGAUUUUUUAACUUCUCAAGGUCGAACCAGGAGAGCGGGUGUUGACCGUAGUCGGUUUGUUAUGGCUGAGUGUGCCGUGGCCACAGCAAAAGCAAAUGUUAUGCUGUAUGAUUCGAAGGCUAGUACUUGGAUCCCAAGUGGCCCAGGACAUGGCAUUUCCAAAGUUCAACUAUAUCACAACACGUUAACUAAUGCCUAUCGAGUUGUUGGAUGGAGGUUACCAGAUCGUGAGGUUGUUAUUAAUUGUGCCAUUGCACGUGGGUUAAAAUAUCAUCAAGCGCGUCCAACGUUUCAUCAGUGGCGUGAUAGUAGACAACAAGUUUACGGCUUGAAUUUCACAUCAGUUGAAGAAGCAGAUGCAUUUGCUGCCGCUGUUAAAUCAGCUUUAGAAAGUCUAGCUGCACUACAUUGUCAACAGGCUUUACAAGCUCAACAAUGUAAGCCUCCUGUCACUUAUGAUCAGUUGGUAUCAAAUGAAACAACAACAACUACUACUAUUAAUCAAGAUAUGCAACUAAACCAAUAUCAACAAUCAAAAUACCAAAUACCAAAUCAACAGCUAUCAUCGAAUCAACAAGUGACUAACUAUACCAAUAAUAACAAUCAGGCAUAUUCUGCACAACCUACGGGAAUAUUAGUCCAAAAUCGUCAGAUUUCAUCCUCUGACAUAACUGAACCAACUGAAAGUUACACCGAUCAGAACAAAGCAUUAUCAUCAUCGGCAUUAUCGAAUCAGCAGUCUGAUCGAGACACUUUAUGCAAUGAUUACAAUGAGGCAAUUGUGAACAGUGUAAAUAAUAUUAUUUUAAGUGAUAAUCAGAAUGUCUACCCGGGUUAUACAACAACAUGUAAAACUAAUACCUCUAAUCAUCAGAAUACUGAAAUUCCACGUCUUAAAUCAUCAACGGAACAAAAUGUAUCCGCGAUAAAUGGUUGUUCAAUGAAUGGUAAUACAGAACAUGGUGUAAAUUGUGAUUCACCGUAUUAUUCAUCUUCAGACGAUAGUGUACGUAAUCUUCGUGGUCUGCCUAAUGGAUCCAAUGAACCUCAUGUGAAUCCAACUUCAUCCGUGACGUUGAACGCUUCCAAUUUUCCCAAUAACAAUGUUAAAUUAUUAGGUGGGAAUUCAGAUGAAUCUUUUGUUAUUACCAGAUCUCUUUCACCAAAUCAAUGCACUUCAAUUAAUAAUACCAAAUCCCAACAAUUGAUUCCCGCUCCACCACCACCACCGCCGCCACCACCUCCCCCGCCUCCUCCACCCCCACCAAUGGCUAAUAUAGCUGGGUCGAAAAAUUGGCAUCAAAAUACCACAACAACAAUAAGUAAUAAACUGUCAGGUUCACAGUCUGCUGCCGAAAAUUCCGAUACUAGUGACCAUGAUAGUGUCGCUGAAUCUGGUAGUUUAGAUGCUCAAUUACGUAUGGCCAGACAGCAACGUAUUCGUGCUGCUUCUGUUGCUGGUCUAGGAUCUUCUGAUUUUGCACCAACCAUUUCUGGCCCACGUACUCAUGGUGUAGAUAUGAUGACUGAUCUUCAACGUGUUUUGGCAGCACGUCGACGUGCUAAGGAAGCUGAAGAGGAUUCGAAUGCUACAACUGGCGUUAUUUCUACACCAAGUAAUAACACUUCGACAUCAACAACAUUUAGUAACUCAAAUAAUGAUCUACCAACUCCUAGUUCUCCUGUUCGUUCACAUUCUGUCAUAACAAACGCGUUUCAAGGUCAGAAUUCUUCCACAAAUACUAGUUCAUCCAUUGUACCUGGUUAUGCUACAUUGUAAGUAACGUGAGAGGUAUUAUUAUACGUUAUUUCUUUUUGAAGUGGUUAUAUUUUUGUACAUUUUGUUACUAGAGAAUUUAAAAUAAUCCUAACAUAUGUCUGGUCGCCUUGGUUUUUAUUAAGUCAAUAAAUAUCCGUCGACAAAGAUACUAAAAACCUAAAAAGAAAGCUGAAAACCUUUUAGCCAAUCAUCAUCGAAUAGAUACUUUUCAUAAACAUCUAGAAAACUGAAGGAUUAAGUGUCACAAUUUAUUUGGUUGAUUACUCGUGGUUUUCAUAUAUAUGGUAUGUUUUCAGAAGUUUCUAGCAUACCAAGGUCAUCCGUGAACCUAUGAAUGAUCCCGUUUUUCUGAACAUAGAUUAACCUUAGAAUAUACUUUUUAAUUAUAUUGCAUGCCUUUUCUUUGUUUGGUUUAGUUUUUCUAGUUUAGAAGUAAGCCGGAAAUAUAGGAAAUGUCUAGGACGUCAUUAACAAGCGUCCAAAUAAGAAAAAUUAUCAAAUUUAUUCACAGUUAAGAUGUUUUCUCCUCUCUACUCAUUUCAAUGUUCCCCAAUAAAAGUUAUGAGUCGGAAGGCAGUGAUCUGCAUCUAUUUACAUAGCUCAGACUUUGUGGACGAAUACCACUUUUUAGUUUGACUGGCCCUUGUUUUCUUCCAACCUACUUCUGCAACAGUGAACAUCGUUUGGCAAUGUCUACAGGGAUCGGACAUGUGUAAAACACAUCCCUAUCAUCUCAGUUGAUGAAAAUUUGCCAUCUUUACCUGGUACUCUACGCUUAACCGCAAGAUUGCUUACUUUUUGACCUCAACAUACUCAAUCACCCACAAAGUUUAAUAGCAACAUUUACAAUUACUCUACCCGAGUGAUUCGAUUUCAACUCUUGAAAUGACAUAAAUUUCAAGUGGAUUUAUAAGACAUUGCCUUCUGAUAGUGAAGAUUUGUAACUUGUUGGUAGUGUUGCUUUUUGUGAAUUGAAUGAUUCACUUAUUAUCACAUAGUAAUAAAAUUAAUUAGAUUAAGGGGAUUUCCAAAAUUUUGAAUUAAGGAAAUUUUAAACACCAGAGAAUUUAUAAAAAUAUCUUGACUUAUCUGCAAUCAGUAGGUUCAUCAAUAUAAAUCCAAUAUAUCCAAUCAUACAGAAUAAUAGUUCAGUCAACCAUAAUAUAUUCAAUGGUGGUCAAUCGAAUAAAGCAGUCAACAUAAACACAGAAGUGUAUCAAAACAACCAUACAUACGAUAACAAUUUACCAAUAAGUUUAUGUAAUCAAAAUUAUAUGUUGCGCUUGUAAAAUAAUUUUGAAAUUCCAUCCUUACUUUAAGUGUAGAUGACAAUGUUGUUCAGAAUGACAAUAAUUAUAUUAAUGCUGACUAGUUUUGGAGACUGAUGGCAGAAAGUUAGAAGCGGUCAAACCAAAACGUGGCAGUAAUCUUUGAAGUCACACACUUCUGGUCUGAACCAUGUUGGUAGAUGCAGACUAAUUGGUUUGGGUCCUCGUGACUAUCGUAACCAAUCUUUGAAGACUUUGUAUGACAUAACUCAGAUUCGAUCACAAAGAUACGAAAAGUUUCCAGUCCAUCUUUGGAUUCAACAACAAUUAAUUCUCUAUCCAACUCUUGUUCAACUAAUAAUUCCAAUAGUGGGAGUACAACAGUAAAUCGAGCUGAUUUAGAAGCAUUUAAGCGUGAAUUAAUAUCGGAAUUUCGUCGAGAAGUUCAACAAUUAAAAAAUGACGUAAUCGAAGCUCUUCGUGCAUCUUCUGUUCGAAAUUGUUAGUUGAACUAUAAUGAACCACUGAUUGAUGAUCAUCUUCAACAUCUUCAUAGAUUAAAUGAAAUGUUUGUUCGCUUACCUUACUUCUUUCUCUUGUUGUUUUGUUUUCUACACUUUGACUGUCCUUUCUGCAUAUUUAAUCAAAGAAUAAAGAAUAUUAUUAAUACAAAUAAACAAUGCUCACCUAACAUUCCAUAAUGUUGAUAAUAUAUAGUCUGUUGAAAUUGUUCUUUGGUGUAAAUCAUCUUAAUGUUCUGUUUAUUUAUAUGGACGCAUUAUAUUAUUAUUAUUUGUAUCAGUCAACAUAUUGUGCUUCUGCUAAAACGUCAUUUUGGUAAUGAUAGACAAAGUUGAUUUGGUAUUGUUGUUGCCCUGAUUUCUGGGCUACGUACAUUUGUGUGUGUGUGUGUGUGUGUAAGUCUGUGAGUAUAUCUGUUCAACUUCCUUACAUACAAACGACGCACUACCCCUAUUGGUACAAUUUACUCUGAUAUAUGCAUUUCAUUGUUAUCCUGUAGUUGUUGCUCUCGUUUUUUCCCCAUUUCGUAUUGUAUAAUGCAGAAUUGUUUGCUUAACUUUUCUCUGUCUCUGUUGAUUCCACCUAAUAAUGGUAUGUUUUCUACGAUGCUAAUAAUGAUUAUAACAACAUUUUAAGAAAGGAUCUGUUAAGAUAGUUAAGAAUUAUUCAUUUAAAAACCUGAUUUACACUUUGUUUGUUCUUUAUUUGACUUCAUUUAAGUCAAUGUUUACAUUUUAUUCUCUAUCUAUUCGUCAAUUUCUUUCUUUUAUUAUAAAAGUUGCCUAAACUCAUAUAUAUUGUUGUUUUGUGAUCUAUGCUCACACUAACCUUCAGUCACAUUUUGUGUAUUUUCACUUACUAGGUUUUCAUCAUUUGUAAUGUAAUUAAGUAAAUCAGUACUUUUUAUAAAUGUUUCUAUGUAUAAAUCUGCACUUGGUAUGUGCACAUGUGCUUUUGUAAUGUUUCCGUUUGAAUGAGACAACAGAUGAAAUAUUUUUGCUGAGUUCUUCUUUCAUUUUGUUAUUGGCUUCUCUCUCUUUUUGUUUAUGGUAUUUCAGAUAGUUGGAUAAUAGACAACAAACUGUUCAUUUCAUUAUAUUUACUUCAAACUAGAAGCAUUUCAUUUAUCUCUCUUAUUCUCUAUGCAUCAUCUUUAGUGAUUCUUAUCUUUAUGAUUGUUGAAGACCGGUUUACAGAUAUACAGUAUAGUAUUAACUGCCAUCAUAGUCAAUGCUUAUCAUCAUUAUUAUAUUUAAUACUUUUCGUAAAACAAAAAAAACAUUGCGUUUAUUACAGCUUACGAUUGUUAAUUUGUUACGAAAACUGAAUACUUUUUUUUCUAGGUUGUUCUUCCUAUCAUCAUAAAUCAUCCAUUUGAUAUACGAUUUAGUGUGUUUGUGUGUAUAUGUGAAUUAUUUAUUCUAAAACUUUAUCAUAAUAACAUCGCUAUAAUUACCAUAGUUCACUACAGUGUUCUAUGUUUUUGCUUUUACUUUUUGAUGAGUACCUCCCAACUCUUUCUUUUCUUCUUCUUAUCUGAAUAUUAUUAUUUUCUAUAAAAGUAAAACUAUAUUGCAUUUCAUUACAAUUUUAUGGCGUAACCACAUAUUCUGAUGAGAUUCCUCUUUAUCUCUAUUAAAAUAUGUAGAACUCUUUGUUACUUAUCAUUGUUGCUAACAUCGGUAUUAUUUUAUCGUUUACUACUUCAUAUAUAUAUAUCAUUAUUCUACUGGUGGAUUUUCAUUGUUUGUUUUUAAAAAAAAACUAUAUUCCUAACAUCAUAUAGAAUGAUACAUCAACUCGUGUUCUUUUUUUCUUCUUUUUUCAUUUGAAUAAACGGAGUUGUAACAACAGAACUCAUUGUGCUGUUUAAAAGGAUUUUAACUGAAGAAAAUUAGGAGACGAUGACUAGUAAAUGUAUUUGUUCACAGUAAAACAAGUUCAUAUUAUGAUUACUCCUUCUUAUAUGUAGUUCCUCGAUAAAUACAUAAUAGUAUUUCAUGGACUCAAUGGUCUAUAUUUCGGCAAAGUAUGGAUUGUGUUUUAUCAAUUAUAUCAUGAAUUUACCUGUCUU